AUGAAAACGGGCUCCGGCGGCGUCUGCUACCAGAAUGGAGAGGUCGUCGAUUACAACAACCAGAUAUGCAAAGUCACCAACAAGCAAAUAACCGGCCUCCUCGGUGACCAGAAGCCCGAGGUGACCUUUAGCUGCAAGAAGGAGGAUGGGACCUGUGAUUUCCAAUGUACGCUUCGCCCGACAAAUAACGUCCCCGUUUGUUCCAUCUUGCUGACGCCGUACCCAGUCUGGGUUGAUUCUGUCGAGUCAUUCUACUGCCACCUGACCGACUGCGACUCGGAUGCCAACUCUGGCGUCACCAACACCACGUCGUACAAGUGUGAUCACAUCACCUGCAGUUGCAUUUCUCAGCGAAUGCUCUGCGGCAAAGAUGGAUCCAUCGACCUGAGCGAGUUUCUCGACCAAGCCAUCAAGGGCCCUGCCGGGUUCGAAUGCACGCAAAAGAACGGCGGUGCACAUGACUGCGCCUUCACCGAACCGGAAAUGGACAAGCUGAUUCAUGAUCUGAUCGGCGAUUCCAGCAUCCUGCUCGACUGCCGUGCGGGCGAAUGCCUUUUCGAGACGGAGGUACCGGGCUAUACACGUCCGGUCAAGCAGAUCAACACGCCGCUUAUCGCUGGCGUCAUCGCCGCCUGUGCACUCUUUCUCGUUGUCGUCAUCUUCUCAACGUGGUUCCUGUCCCGACGCAAGCUCAAGUACGGCACCAUUCGAUUGGACGACUCCGACGACGAGAGCACCAAGCUCAUGGCCGACCACAACCCAGCGUCGUUGUAUUUCAACGACGUCUCGUACGCACUCGGCGACAGGACGAUCCUGAGCGACAUUCGCGGAGCCUGUCACCCAGGCGAGGUGACGGCCAUCAUGGGCGCUUCGGGGGCGGGGAAAACCACCUUCUUGGAUAUCCUGGCUCGAAAAAACAAGCGCGGUCGAGUUGGGGGUGAUUUCUACGUCAACGGCGAAAGAGUCUCCGAUUCCGAGUACAAGAACGUUGUUGGCUUCGUCGAUCAAGAGGAUACGAUGCUCCCAACCCUCACCGUGCACGAGACCAUACUCACCAGCGCGCUUCUGCGACUCCCGCGUGACAUGAGUCGUUCUGCCAAGGAACAACGGGUGUUCGAAGUGGAAAAGGAGCUUGGCAUUCAUCACAUACGGGACGCCCUCAUUGGAUCCGAGGAAGGCAAAGGUCGUGGCAUCUCCGGCGGAGAGAAGCGACGCGUUGGCAUCGCAUGCGAACUUGUGACGAGCCCCUCCAUCUUGUUGCUGGAUGAGCCGACGAGCGGGUUGGAUGCGUACAACGCGUACAACGUCGUUGAAUGCCUCGUCACGCUGGCGAGGAAUUACAAGCGAACGGUCAUCUUCACGAUCCAUCAGCCUCGGUCGAACAUUGUGGCUCUCUUUGACAGACUUUUGCUCCUCGCCCAGGGAAAGCCCGUCUACUCCGGCCCUUUCAACCGGUGUCAGGCAUAUUUCGACUCCAUCGGCUACGAGUGCCCACCCGGUUUCAAUAUUGCUGACUACCUCGUCGAUUUGACAAUGCAUGCCGGCAACAGCAUGCCAACCGACGACGGUGCCGUUCCCGCAGACUUCGACAGUGCAGGCCCCAGCAGCAUGAAGGCAGUCAAGUCGAUAGGCAGCGUCUCGGGGGCAAGCGCUGGGGAGGGCAGCGCUGCUGAGCCAUCCUUGCCCCCGCGGCCGAGGAACCAGCGUCGCAAUUCUGUCCGGGCUCGACAGGACCGCGAACUCUAUACCAGGAGGCACACGACUGACAUCGAGGCGACAUCAGAUGCCGUCGAGGAUGCCGGUGCUCACCGUCUGCGGACAAACGUGCCGGCCAAAUUUUCAUCCAGGCACGUGCAGGAUGACACCCACGACUCGCCGCCAUUGGAGACGGCGAGGACGGAUCUAGACUUGAUGACGCAGGCGUAUGCCCAGUCCGACAUUGCCAUCGGCAUGCUUGAGGAGAUUCAACAGGCUAUAUCGGCUGCUCGGGAAGGGAAUGUUCCCGACGGCGCCGCCUAUGAUCCAGUUGGCCCCAACAUCCAUCCACAGACGAGCGCUGUUGGCAAGGGAUACGCUCGGGUGGGGUACAUGCAGCAGUUCCUCGUUCUUUCGAAGAGAACAUGGAAGAAUCUAUAUCGAGAUCCGAUGCUGAUGCUAACACACUACGCAAUCGCCAUCAUCCUCGCUGUGUUUUCCGGCUACUUGUUCUACGGCCUUACGGAUGACAUUCCGGGAUUCCAGAACCGGCUCGGCCUUUUCUUCUUCUUGUUGGCACUUUUCGGGUUCAGCACCCUCACCAGCCUCAAUGUCUUUGCAACGGAACGUCUGCUGUUCGUUCGCGAACGAGCCAACGGGUACUACGCGCCCGGAGCCUACUUCACUGCCAAGGUGCUCUUCGACAUCGUUCCACUACGAAUCAUCCCUCCCAUUCUCAUGGGGUCUAUCAUCUACCCCAUGACUGGGCUGGUUCCCGAUGCUAUGCAUUUCUUCAAGUUCAUUCUGGUGCUGGUCCUAUUCAACCUGGCUGCGGCAGCCAUCUGCCUCUUUGUCGGCAUCGUCUGCAAAAACGGUGGAGUGGCAAACUUGUUGGGAAGCUUGGUCAUGCUCUUCAGCCUGCUUUUUGCUGGCUUCCUGCUUAACCACGAUGCCACGCCCGCUGGCGCACUGUGGCUCCAGACCCUGUCCAUUUUCCACUAUGCUUUCGAGUCGCUUAUCGUCAACGAAGUUCUCGAGCUGACCCUCGUUGACAAAAAGUAUGGUCUGGACAUUACCGUCCCUGGUGCUGCAAUCCUCAGCUCAUUUGGAUUCAACAACAGCGCGCUGUGGGCAGACGUCUUGAAACUCGGCAUCUUUGCUGCCACGUUCAUCGUUUUGGCGUUUGCGGCAAUGCAUAUCCUUCUCAUAGAGAAGCGGUAA